AUGAUUGGUAUUUUGUUGCUUUUGCUGAAGUUGACAGUUGCUGAAAUAAGAGAAAGAGAAGGAGCGCCAAGUUUAUUUACCGACUGUUUCAGGGGAAGUGAUCAGGGCGAUCUUGGCAGAGUCAAAUGGCUUGUGACACCAGAUUUUCCUUCGCUCUACAAAAACACCAUCUCCUGCAAAUGGACGAUCAACACCAACUACGGCCAAUACAUCAAGCUCGUCCCGGAGAUAAUGGACAUUCCUUGCCGAGGAAACAACAUGUUAAAGAUCAUCGACAUUCCGGUCGGACAGACGAAGAAAAAUGAAAGUCCUCAAUAUUGUGGCUCUAUCGACAUUCCCGCGUUCGUUUCAAGCGAUGUUUCAUUCGAGAUUCAUUUCAUUGUCGACUCCCCCGCGGCGGGAGCGAGGCUCAAGCUCGGAUACCAAGCUGUUACUGAUCAGAAAGGCAUCAAAGUCAACAGUAAAUCAAUCAACAAGCCUGUUUUCAAAACGACUCCCCGUCAAAGCCGACCAAGCCCGUUUUGGAACAAAAAAAUUCCUCGAAGACCCCCGAUUCAACCUGAAAACACUCACAAUUUGAAUUCACAAAUGCCAGAUUUUGUUGAAACCGACGCUCUCAAAGGGAUAAUUUUCUCCUACACUGGCUUUCUGAUUCUAGUAACAGCGCCGGCGAUUUAUCUUCUGUACAAGUUUAAAAAUGACAAAGCAACUCCGCUAGAUAUUUUUAGAGAUGUGAGAGAGAAGACUUAUUUGCAGAUUGAGAAUAGUCUAAGCCAUUACCGAAAUUUGAUGAAGAAUCAAAUCCCAAGCCAAGAUUUCAAGCCUUCUUUUGAACUUUGCUCUGAUGGCGAAUAUGUAACACGAGAAACGAUGCUAGAAUGCUUCCCCUUCGAUUUGCAAAAUGAUGAGUCAUCCGUCUCGAAAAACUUCAUCUUCAACAGCUGGGAAAGCAUUGACCAAGACUUUGACGGAAAACUUGAUUUCACCGAGUGGAAGGGCUAUAUUUUCGCGCUUGGUUAUAUCAAUUUCAAAGUUAUUCAUCACGGUUUCGGAGGAGCAGAAGAAUUUUCUUUGAAUGAAGAAGAAACUGAAAAUCUCCUUGAUUACGCACACGCUUGGCUAUCGACGAAAUCAUCCGAAGACAACCGAAUAUUUUUCGACAAUCUCUUCAAAAGCGUAGACAUUGAUAAAAACCCAAAUAAUCUGACGCAUCUUGAAGCUAUUCGUCUGUUUCUUGCGAUUCUGACGAAAUUUAUGGAAAAAUAA